UCACUUUUGUAACCCCUAUUUGUAGCGCCUUAAAUUUCUUUCCUUGUUUCUGAAAAACUAACAAAAUAUCUUUCAUUCUAUUUGCGCCGCCAUGGCCGGACUUACCAGACUGAGAGCCGCCGCGUCGCUGCUCCGCCAACUGUGUAGGACCCGAGCCUACGGAUCGGCGGCUGCGGCCCAGUUGCAGUACGACUACUACGACGACGAGGAGUAUGAUUUGGAUGGGGAAAAUAGCUGGACAGAGCCUAGAGUUGGCACGGCCGGGUCUCCACCGAGGAGGGGAGUCCACUGGGUGCUUAUUGGAGAUCCCGGUGUGAAGAAACACGUGUACGCUGAGAGUUUGUCGAAGCUUCUAGAAGUUCCUCACAUUUCUAUGGGAAGUCUUGUUAGACAAGAGCUUAGCCCUCGCUCUUCCCUCUACAAACAGAUUGCAAACUCUGUAAAUGAAGGAAAGCUUGUUCCAGAAGAUGUAAUAUUUGCAUUGUUGUCGAAGAGGCUGGAAGAAGGAUAUUAUAGAGGGGAAAAUGGGUUCAUUCUUGAUGGAAUUCCUCGCACAAGGAUCCAAGCUGAGAUUCUUGAUCAAAUUGUGGAUGUUGAUCUAGUCGUGAAUUUUAAGUGCACUGAAGAGCACUUGGUUAAAAAAAAUCCAGACAGUGAAGCUUUAUCUCCUCGUCAAGAAUUUCUCAGCAUGAGCAGUUCCAGGUUUUCCACUGCCGAUGCUGCCACUGCCUGGAAGGAAAAAUUCCAUGUCUAUGCAGAGCAGGGCAAGUCAUUGGAAGAUUACUACAGGAAACAGAAGAAACUUGUUGACUUUCAAGUGUCAAGUGCACCUGGAGAAACCUGGCAAGGCUUGUUGGCUGCACUACACCUCCAGCAUAUGAAUGCUAAGCUGACUGCAUGA